AUGAUACCCGCUAAUUCCCAGCCAUCCACAUCGAAACGGAAAGGACUUGAAGACGCGAAUCCACUCGGAAAUGCAGCAAAGAAGUCAAAGAAAGAGCUAAAGAGCAGUAAGCGCAAGCUCAACGGAGAGGAACAACCUGGUGGUCUGGUUAUUGUCCGCGCUCCGCCAUCGCGUCGACGCAGCUCGCAGGGCAGCGAUACCCUACCUGUGACACUGUCCCAAUCCCAAUCCCAACCGCGAGCUUCGUCCCGUCCUCCAUCCAGUCAAUCACAGCGCUCCCAGCCCUUGGAUUCGUCUAGACAGCCAUCGAAGAAGUUCAAAGCCGAUGGAAGCACCGCGGCGCCACGUCAACCGGCGAAGGGCAAGAGCAGAGAGGUUAUGGAUAGCACGCGAGCUGAUCCGGAGAUGGAGGAGGAUAUGCGGCUCAUGCAGUCUGAGGCAGACACGCUGCGCCGCAAGUCACAAGCUGCUGGGAGCUCGCUGGGAGCGCUCCAUUCCGACUUCCCGAUUCUCCCUAAAUCGAGUAGACCGCUGGCGCCUCCAUCACAACAAAGGAUACACGACGCGUCUAUACCGGUUCCUCUGCAGGAGACUCCACAGAUUGAGCGAAAUAGAUUCAUGCGCGGGGAUGCACCCACCCAUAGGCGGAAGAGCUCUCUCAGUCGGGGAAAACGCAUCAGCUCUAGCUAUGAAGCUACGGGCAUCAUAUCCCAGCCUCACACUUCGGUAUCCGACUCCAGCUUCCACAAACAUAUUGAUGCUGAUCUACCAGAACCAGCGCGCGUUCGCCAGUUGUUGAUCUGGUGUUCGCACCGAGCCAUGAACGAGCACUCAGGGGAGUUGCAGUCGCAGCAGGCAUCUUCCUCUAGAAAACGGGAGCCACAACAGUCCGGAAAGGAUCCACCACUGUCGUCGGAGGGACUCCAGGUGUUAAAGCGAACACAGGAGAGGGUGAUCAAGAUGCUUGCGGAAAAGCAGAUUGAUACCAAUAUUUAUGUGAUAGACGACGAGCCUGAUGUCGUGGGAUCUAAGCGGGAGAACGAGCAAAACGUGAAAAAUCGAGCGCGAGAGAUCAAGUUUAAUGCGCACAUUCAACGAUCGAAGGCGGAGGAGGAUGCGUGGAUGGAAGUGGUGCAUCACUACAAUGCAUAUCGAGCCGAAGUUUUAGCUGACCUUGACAAGCACGAAUCCGCGAAGGCUAAAGGCAAGCAACGUGCUUCUCCUGAUGAAAUCGACAAGUGGGAUGUGGAUGAGCGUGUGCUGUCGGAACAGUUCCGAGGCGGCGAGGGUGUCGACUUGGCGCGGAAAGUAGUUAGCUCUGGAGCGGAUGACAAGGAUCCUCUUCGUAUACGUCUAGAUGACCUGGAGCAUACGAUGGACCGUCUUCAUGCACUCACUAACUCCGCUCUUGAGACAACUCGCAUGGCGGAGGCCGAUCUCAAUCGCCGAUUCUCGUUGUUGAACGUGUCUCUCGCAAGCCGCUCUCAACCGGCAUCAUCGACGCUCCCCUCUAGCUCCGGUGCCUUGUCGUCAUACCUCCCUCCGAGUCUUUCACGGCCACCGCCAACAACGGAUCCACAGGACUUGCUGCGUGCGCUGUCUCGCAUCGAUGCCACACGGCCGCAUAAUAAGGUCGGCGAUGCGGCCAGACGAGCUGUCAGAGAGGUGCAGCGCGCUACGGACGCUUCAAGUGGUGUGGCGGAGAGGCGGCUAACGGGGGUUCCACCACCAACACCCCGUAAACCUCCAGGAACGCCGCGGAGGGCAACUACUCCAGGCAAGGGGAGGUGA